CUGCCGUGCGCAGGAAGCGAAGCCGGCCGCGCGGCUCUCGCUGUGCCUCUCUUCACUGUUGGCUCGGGCUCCAUGGCCGCCGCGGAGGCCGCACCCGCGGAGACAGCGCUGGAUUCUAGCGGGCUUUCCCCUAAGGAAGAGGGAGAGCUGGAAGACGGCGAGAUCAGCGACGAUGACAACAACGGCUCCGGGCCGUGCGGCGGCGGCGGCUCCGAGCCCGGCGGCGGCCUGGUGGGCAACAGGCCCUACUCGAGGCGCAGGCCGCCUCCUGGCCUCCGCGGCGGCAUCUCUCUGUCGUCCUCUCGGCGCUUCCCGCGGUCGCGGCACCAGCCCCCGCCCGAGAUGGGCCACCUGCACGGCCACGGCGGUUACCGGCCCAAGGACUCAUUCCGCUCCCACCCGCCGCCUCUGCCCGCGCCGCGGAUGCCGUCGGGCCCGCACUCGGAGACUGGUCCCCGGCUCUCCUUCUGGGAGCGCAGUCACAACGCCCUGGACCGAUUCCGCUUCCGAGGCCGGCCCUACCGAGGCGGAUGGCGCUGGGGUAGGAGUCGGGGCGGCGGCGAGAGGGGCGGCAACCCGCCGGGAAGGCCGCCCGGAGGGGGAAGCUGCGCUGGCUUCAGCGGCAGCCAGGGCUGGAGAGAGCCCUCGCCUCGGAAAUCCAAAACUUUUGGAAGGUCUCCAUCUAGAAAACAGAACUAUUCUUCUAAAAGUGAAAACUCUGUGGAAGAAAGUUUUGAGGAUCUGCUCCUGAAGUAUAAGCAGAUACAGUUGGAGCUUGAGUACAUUAAUAAGGAUGAAAGAUUGGCUCUGAGCAACAGGGAAGAAAAUGAACAACAAGAUGAUAGUAAAACAGCAGACACUGAGGACCAAAUAACUGUAGAAAAUGACAGUAUUAAAACAGAUGCUAUAAAAGAAGUUUCUCCUGAGGAGAAAAAUCCGGUUAUGGCCUUUCAGGCAUUUGAACUGAAACCUCUCAGACAAAAACUGCCCACUCCAGCUGAGAGGAGCAGGUUGAAAAAAGUCAAAGAAGGAACAAAGCAGUCGUCACAGAAAUCUGAAGUCACAGAAUCCACUCAAGGUGCAGAAGACAAAGAACAAACAUCAACACGGAAGCCUAGCAGUUCAGAUGUAAUCUCUGAAAAGAAACUGCUUGAUGAGGAGGAGGAGAUGUCUGAAUUGCAGCUUAGGCUUCUUGCACUUCAGUCUGCUAGUAAAAAAUGGCAACAAAAAGAGCAACAGGUGAUGAAGGAAAGCAAGGAAAAAUUAACAAAAACGAAAACUGUAACACAGAAGGUCAAAGCCAGUGCAAAAGCACAUUCAACAAAAAAGACAAGUUCUACAGGCAAGCAAACUUUGAGGAAACAACAGACAAAGACAUCAAAGAAGAUACAGCAACAAAAGGAACAAGAUAGGCGUCAGAAAGAGGAAGACCAGAGGAAACAAGAAGAGGAGGAGGAGAGAAGAAAGAGAGAAGAAGAAAUCAGAAAAAUUAGGGACCUCUCAAAUCAAGAGGAGCAGUACAAUCGGUUUAUGAAGCUAGUUGGAGGAAAAAGGAGAUCAAGAAGCAGGUCUUCAGAUACAGACUUGAGAUGGUCUUUGGAUAAACAGCCUACGGAUAGUGCAGGAGGCAUAUAUCAGUAUGAUAAUUACGAUGAAGUUGCCAUGGAUACAGAUAGUGAAACUAACUCUCCAGCUUCCUCUCCAGCACAACCUCCUUAUUUUGAGUGUCCAGUAGGAUAUUAUCCACCUCCAACAAUACCACCAAUUUCCUUGCCACUGCCACCUCCAAUUCCACCUCUACCAUCUUUGAGCCAACUUUAUAUGGAGGGUAUUUCUUGUGUUUCUCUUGAGCCACCCCCACCCCUUCCACCUCUUCCACCUGAAGAGCCUGAACAGCCACCAAAACCUCCAUUUGCAGAUGAGGAAGAAGAAGAGGAGAUGCUCUUAAGAGAAGAAUUACUCAAGUCGCUAGCUAACAAACGGGCUUUCAGAUCUGAGGAAACUUCAAGUAACAGUGGUCCUCCUUCCCCUCCUGUUCCAGAUAAUUUGCAGUCUGUGCCAAGAAGCAAUCUGUCUGCUGUCAGUAUUAAUACUGUAUCUCAGCCACGAGUACAAAAUACGAAGUUUGUUAGAGUACCAAGGCCUCCACGAGCGGUGAUCACACUUCCAAAACACAAGUCUGUUGUGGUUACGUUAAAUGAUUCAGAUGAUAGUGAGUCUGAUGGAGAGCCAUCUAACUCAACCAACAGCGUAUUUGGAGGACUAGAAUCCAUGAUAAAAGAAGCAAGGAGAAAUGUUGAGGCUUCAAGAAUCAAAGCUCCUCCAAAAUCGGAAAAGGAAAAUGAUCCAAUGAGAACUCCAGAGGCUCUACCAGAAGAUAAGAAGAUAGAAUACAGACUCCUAAAAGAAGAGAUUGCUAGUCGUGAAAAGCAGCGUUUAAUUAAAUCUGAUCCACUGAAGAACAGUUCAUCCCCUGCAAAUUCUGAUGGUGAAGUUGAUGGAAUUGGGAGAAUAGCAGUAGCAACAAAACAAGUUACUGAAGCAGAAGCAAAGCUGAAGAGAAACAAACUUCUGUUGAUGAAGGAUGAAUCUGUCUUGAAACAUUUGUUGCAACAAGAAGCCAAGAAAAGAGAGAAUGUUCGAAUUGCUGAAAAUAAAAUUAACAAACUGGCUGAACAACUACAGGCAACAGAGAAGAUCUUGAACGCUAAUAAGAUGUUUCUCAAGAAGCUUCAGGAACAAAUUCAUAAAGUUCAACAGCGAGUAACAGUCAAAAAAGCUCUGGCAUUAAAAUAUGGGGAGGAACUUGCUCGAGCAAAAGCAGUAGCAAGUAAGGAAAUUGGGAAACGAAAACUGGAACAAGAACAUCUUGGACCAAGCAAAAUGUUGAAAUUGGAGAGCUCCCCUGCAUCAAGUCCAAAAAAGCAUUCAGCAGAACUGAUUGCAUUAGAAAAAAGACGACUGCAGCAACUGGAGUAUGAGUAUGCUUUGAAGAUUCAGAAAUUGAAAGAAGCUCGGGCACUUCAAACCAAGGAACAAUCCGAUAUUGCACCUCAGGCAGAUGAGGAAGCUGAAUUUGCAUUACCUCAGCCAUCACUUCAUGAUCUUACCCAGGAUAAAUUGUCUUUGGACAGUGAAGAAAACUACUUUGAUGAUGAGGUGCUGUCUAAUUCAAAUCGGGAACGAAGGAGAUCUUUCAGAGAAUCUAGUUCUUAUACUAAGCCAAAUCUUAAACACAUGGACACUCCAAAACAAGAACCUAUAAACAAACUUUCAAAAAAGGCAGCAGAGGAGCCUGAGCUUUUCCUUGGGUUGAAUGUUGAUGAACUGAAAAAACUUUAUGCUGAAGCUGACAGUUUAAAAGAACUGUUAGUGAAAAGUACUGCCUUUGUAGCACCUAAGGAAGAUCUCUUAUGUGGUCAGGAAAUUUCAGUGGAUAUGGAUUUUGUUACAUCACAGAAUAAACAAACUGAAGCAAAACCAUUUCCAUUUGGACCAUAUCGUAGUCCUCUUCUAGUAUUUAAAUCCUACAGGUUUAGUCCGUAUUUUCGAACCAAGGAAAAAUUGUACCUCAGUUCAGUAACUUAUAGCAAUAUGAUCGAGCCAAAGCAGUGUUUCUGCCGCUUCGAUUUAACAGGCACAUGCAAUGAUGAUGACUGUCAGUGGCAGCACAUGAAAGAUUGCACUCUUAGCCGAAAGCAGCUGUUUCAGGAUAUUCUGUCUUACAAUUUAGAACUGAUUGGCUGUUCAGAAAAAAGCACUGAUGAAGAAAUCAGCACUGCCACAGAAAAAUAUGUUGAAAAGCUUUUUGGUAUAAACAGAGACCGUAUGUCAGUAGAUCAAAUGGCUGUUCUUCUGGCCAGCAAUGUCAAUGAGAGUAAAGGUCAUACACCUCCGUUUACAACAUGGAAAGAUAAAAGGAAAUGGAGACCAAAGUACUGGAGAAAACCUCUGCUAGAUAGCAGCAGUAGUGAGGAGGAACAGUCUGUUGGACCUAUUAAAUAUGCCCACCCUACAGAACAUAAGAAAAGAAUUCCAGCUCUUGAUACUGUUGUGACUCCAGAUGAUAUCCGAUAUUUUACAAGUGAGACUGAUGACAUUUCCAACUUGGAGGCAAGCGUCCAAGAAAACCCCUGCAAUGUACAGCUUUGGAUUAAACUUGCAUAUAAAUACUUGAACCAAAAUGAAGGCUCAUCAUCAGAGUGUUUGGAUUCUACUCUAAAUGUUUUGGCUCGAGCUCUUGAGAACAACAAAGAAAAUCCUGAGAUUUGGUGUCAUUACCUCAGACUCUUCUCAAAAAGAGGAACAAAAGAGGAGAUACAGGAAAUGUGUGAAACAGCAGUGGAGUAUGCCCCAUCCUAUCAGAUAUGGUGGACAUUCUUGAAUUUGGAGAGUUCCUUUGAUGGAAAAGACUAUGUAUGUGGGAGGAUGCUGCAGUUCCUAAUGGAAGUGACUGAGGGAGAGGAAAAUCCCAAUCUCUUAUCGUUCCAGCUUCUGGAGACUCUGCUGUACAGAGUUCACUUAAGCUUGUUUACAGGAAGAUACCAGAAUGCUCUUCUUCUGCUGCAGAAUGCUUUAAAAUCAGCAAAUGAAAAGAUAAUAUCAGAACGCCUUACUUCAAGUGACCGUUGCUUGGCUUGGCUGUCUUACAUACAUUUAAUUGAAUUCAACAUUCUCCCAGUCAAGUUCUAUGAUCCAGCUAACGUCGGUCCCUCAAGGAUAAUGAACAAAGAGCCAUUUCUAAUACCGUGGCAAACAGUUCAAGAUGUGAAGACUGAUCCUGAUACACUGUUAGCUAUGUUUGAAGAUGCAGUCAAAACGUGUACUGAUGAAAGCCUUGAGGCUGACAAAAGAAUAGCUGUAUGCUUUCCUCUCUAUAGGAACAUGAUAGCUUUAUUGAAACUUCUUGAGAGGUGGGAGUCUGCAGCAGAACUUUGUAGAUCUUUAUUGGAGCUCUGCCCUGACAACUGUCUGCUCUUGGAGAGUUUGGCCACCUUAUAUUUGCAGAUGGAGCAGAGUGAAAGUGCCUAUGGAGUGUGGAUUGGAGCAUUUGAGAAGAGUCCUCAGAAUGCAGAAAUUUUUUAUCAGUUGUGUAAAUUUCUUAUAUCACAGGAAAGGUCAGGCAGUGUUCUUCCACUGUUGCAAGAUUUUGUGGCAGCUUUCUUUGAGAAUACCUACCAACAGCAUGAUUCCAUGGAUCUCUUAAGAUAUCUCUUGAAUUUUCCAAUGCCGAUUGAAUUUACAGCACCUCUCUAUAAAGAGCAUCUUACAGAUGACAUUGUAAACCAGCAAAUCCCAUAUCUUUGGCAGAUAUACUGUUUGUGCCAGUCUCUUCACGCGAGUGUUAGUGAAGCACUGGAUGCUUAUGAAGCAGCUCUUGGUGCAGUGAUGCAGCAGGAAAUUGUUCAGAACAUCUGGCUGGAUUAUCUUGUUUUUAUGAAUAACAAGGUUGUUGGAUCCAGCAACAAAGUUCAAGAAUUCAAGGUUUUUACUGACUUAGUGAACAGAUGUCUGGUUACGGUCCCCACACGAUACCCAAUUCCUUUUAGUGCUGCUGAUUAUUGGACCAAUUACGAGUUUCAUAACAAGGUAGUUUUCUUCUACUUGAGCUGUAUUCCGAAAUCUCAACAUUCCAAAGCUUUGGAAAGGUUUUGUUCUACCAUGCCUGCUAAUCCUGGACUUGCACUGAGACUACUUCUGCGGUACUGGGAGGAGAGCAAUGUUCAAAUUCUGAAACUGCAAGCCAAGAUGUUUACAUAUAAUAUCCCAACAUGCCUGGCCAUCUGGAAAAUAGCCAUUGCUGCCGAGUGCUUUCUAAUGGGACAAAGAGAAGUCCAUCAUUUAUAUCAGAGAGCUCUUCAUAAGUUACCUCUAUGUGCAACACUAUGGAAAGAUCAACUCUUGUUUGAAGCAUCAGGAGGAGGUAAAACUGAUAACCUGAGAAAACUAGUAUCCAAGUGCCAAGAGGUUGGAGUCAGCCUAGAUGAGCUUUUAAGUUUAAACACUUGCAGAACAGAAUGCAAGAAUCUCUGAACGCUGGGUACAGUCAGCCAUAAGUUCUGUUAAAUGCCAAAAUCAGUUGAAUGAUUCUUCAGGCUGAUCUAUGCCUAAGAUCUGCAUAAGGCAGAUGAGUAUUGCUGAGCAUAUCGAGCCUCCGGUCUGCUUUCCAUGAAGCUGGAAACAAUUAACAUGACCCUCCUCUCUGGAAAAAUGAACUCCUGUCUGGCCUCGCUUCUGGGCCCUGCCAGAUUGUCAUAGCAUCAUGUACGUAAGUAUAGUUAAUCCAAAUGACAGACAUUAUUUUUUCAUGUUUUUCUUUUGUUUUCUGUUUUCUUUGUUUUGCUGUUCCUGAUUCACUUGACACUCUCACUGAUGCCUGAGAGAUCUGUGUUUGGGAUUAAUUUACUGGGCUGUGUUUACAGUAAAAAGCAAGUAGUCCACUUUGGGUUUUUCCUUUUUUAAACCUUUUUUGAGACUUUUUCAUUACAGGAUUUAAAACAAAAGCAGCCGCUCUUAAGGAAAGUGUAACUGCCGUGGCCACAAGUAUGCUUGUUGCACUUGAAGGCUCUAAGAGGGCUGCUUACUGCCCUUUUCUGCAUUGGACUCAUGGCAGAGACUAUUAAACUUGAAGAUUAAAGAAACUAUUGCAAAUGCCAGUGCAUCAGAACCUAAGAGUGGUCAAUUAUGUGCAAUUUUUGUAAAGAAAUUUUAAUUUAUAAUAAAGUUUAACAGUUUAAAGAAA